AUGUUCCACCCUCAGGAGAAUGCAUCCCAGCCUCUGGAGAAGAUGUCCCAUCUUCUGGAGAACAUAUCCCACCCUCUGGAGAUGUUCCACCCUCAGGAGAACCUAUCCCACCCUCUGGAAAAGGUGUCCCAGCCUCAGGAGAAUGUAUCCCACCCUUUGGAGGAGAUGUCCCACCCUCAGGAGAAUGUAUCCCAGCCUCUGGAGAAGGUGUUCCACCCUCUGGAGGAGAUGUUCCAUGCUCUGGAGGUGUCCCAAUCUCUGGAGAACAUAUCUCACCCUCUGGAGGAGGUAUUCCACCCUGUGGAGGUGUCCCACCCUCUGGAGAACGUAUCUCACCCUCUGGAGAACGUAUCUCACCCUCUGGAGCUGUCCCACCCUGUGGAGAAGGCUUGUCCUCUGCACCAUUUCCUACCUGGAAUUCUUGGAGGAUUUGCCCACCCAGUGCUGGAUAUGAGCGAGCAGAGCCACGCUGCCAGCCUGGAGCUGAGCCUGAGUGAAAAGCAGAACAUCAGAGCCAGCUGUGCCAUGGGCACGGAGCGGGGCAGGCUGGGCAGCCUGACCGUGUUCAGCAAGGAGGAUUUCGAGGAUGAGUGGCUGCGAGUGGCCAGCGGGGGCUUUGGCCACGUGUACCAGGUGAAGCACAGGAGGUGGAGGACGGUCUAUGCUGUGAAGUGCUCCCCGUACCUGCUGCAGGACUCCAGCAUGGACAGGACCAGCAUGAACUGUCUAAUGGAGGAGGCCAGCAAGAUGGAGAAAAUCAAAUUCCAGCACAUUGUCACCAUCUACGGGGUGUGCAACAGCCCCCUGGGGAUAGUGAUGGAAUACAUGGCCAGGGGCUCCUUGGAGAGAAUCCUCCCCACCCACAGAAUGUCCUGGCAGCUGAAAUUCAGGGUGAUCCAUGAGAUGGGCUUGGCCAUGAAUUUCCUGCACAGCAUGAGCCCUCCCCUGCUGCACCUGGAUCUGAAGCCAGGGAAUGUCCUCCUGGAUGGGAACAUGCACGUCAAGAUCUCUGACUUUGGGCUGUCCAAGUGGAUGGAGCAGUCCAGCAGGAUGCAGUACAUCGAGAGCUCAGCUCUGAGGGGCACCCUGAGCUACAUCCCCCCCGAAAUGUUCCUGCAGAACAGCAAGCCCCCGGGGAUCAAGUACGAUGUGUACAGCUUUGGCAUUGUCAUCUGGGAGGUGCUCAUGCAGAAAAAGCCUUACACAGGAGCCAACAUGAUGGCCAUCAUCGUGAAGGUGGCGGCAGGGAAGAGGCCAGGGCUGGAGCUCGUCAGGGACGACUGGCCCGGGGAGUGCCACCAGAUGGUGGACCUGAUGAAGAGGUGCUGGGACCAGGACCCCAAGCAAAGGCCCAGCUUUGCAGAUAUCCCUGUGGAGACCGACGUGCUGCUGGCUCUGAUCCAGAGCCUGGUGCAGGACCCGGAGAACGAGCGCCUGGUCAGGAAGAUGUCCCACAAACCGGCCAUCUCCAGGAGCCAGCAGGGUGACAAAGAGGAGUUCACCUUCCCUCGAGACACCAGGAGUGGGGGAAAGGACCCGCAGGAGGUUCCUGUCCCACCUCCACAUGUGGAGGCUGGCACCCCAGAGGAGCUGUGCCCCGAGGAGCUGGGCAGGGUGCAGGAGAACGGCCUGACCCCGCUGCACCUGCAGGCCGCGGGCUUCGGGCACGUGGGCCUGGUCAAGCUGCUGGCCAGCCAGGGGGCCGACCUGGAGAGGAAGCAGAAGAACCUCAGGACGCCGCUGCACGUGGCUGUGGAGAGGGGCAAGUUCAGGGUGGUGCAGUACCUGCUGAAGAACGGCAUCUCCGUCAACAGCCUGGACCAGAACCACUACAGCGCCCUGCACCUGGCUGUGGCCAGGGGCAAGUACCUGAUCUGCGAGAAGCUCAUCAAGUAUGGGGCCAAUGUGGAGCUGAGGACGGACAAGGGCUGGACCCCCCUGCACCUGGCCUCCUUCAAGGGGCACAUCGAGAUCAUCCGGCUGCUGAAGGGCAGCCGCGCCCGGCUGGACGCCAAGGGCGGCAUGGACUGGACGCCGCUGCACCUGGCCACGCGCUACGGGGACGAGCCCGUGGUCAGCGAGCUGCUGCGCUGCGGGGCCGACCCCAACACGGCCGAGCGGUCCCGCUGGGCCCCCCUGCACUUCGCCGUGCUCAGGGGCUCCUUCCUCAGCGUCAUCAACCUCCUGGAGUGCCGGGCCGACGUCAACGCCAGGAACAAGGUGGGCCGGACCCCGCUGCACCUGGCCGUGCUCAAGGGCAACCUGGCCAUUGUGAAGACCCUGCUGAAGGCAGGGGCCCUGCUGGACGUGGAGGACAUCACGGGGUGCACGGCCCUGCAGCUGGCCGUGAGGCACCAGAGGGAGAACAUCAUCACCCUGCUGCAGGGCAAGGAGGCCUCGGGCAGCAAAGCUGGCAAUAGGACUCUGAACGAAGUGAAGGUGCCCAGGCUCAUCCCAGGAAGGACAGAUCUGUAAAUUCACCAGCUCUAAAAUCUGGAGCAUGAGCUUUCCCAAGCUUUCCCGUUCACGUUUAAUGCCUCAAAGCACCUUGUCCUGUCCCCUGCUGAUUGCAGGAAAAUAUUUGCCCUUUUUAAAUUGACGUUUUUAAGUGUGAACACUCAGAGAGUAAAAGAAAAUGAAGUUAUUUGAUGACAAGGUCUUUUCCAAGCUUGUAGAGCGUUUUGGCUUGGUUAUACUCUAUUCAGUGCUUUCCUACUGAAUCCUUCCUGAGCAGGGAUUUAUGCACCCCCUGUUCAUGCAGGCAGUGCUGAAGCUGUGCACAGCACACACAGCUUUUAUUGCUUUCAUUCCAUGUUUUCCUACAGAGAAAAUUGGUGUAAAAUGGCCCUGGCACAGGUGGGAAUUGAAUCGUGAGAUUCUCACCUGCUGCUGGCACAGCAAUGUGUCAGAUUUCCUGACAUCUCCUUUCUGUAACAAGAAUGAAAUACAACAAGGCAGGGAGGAAAAAUCACUGCUAGAGAGUAUUGAAAUGGAUGCAGCACAGGGAACAGAAAUUCCAGAAUUAUCACACACGAGAUCUGGCUGCUUGCAGGUCAAGGUUUGAGUCGUGUCUCUGGGGGGAAAUAAUUCCUGGUUUCCUUCAGGAGGAUGUUCCAGGGCUCAAUCAGCCCUGUGAAAAACAUCUUCUUGUGGGAUUUGAUUCGCUGGUGACAGUGAGAGCCCUGGUGUGCAGCUCUGACAGCCCUGCUGUGACUCCUGAGUCCCCAAACGUGCCUGCUGGGAGGGUGACUUGUCAUGGCCUUCAGCUGGGAAGAGGCUGAAAUAGAAACAAACAACCCCAGCUCUGCAGGGGAGCUGUUGUUGCCUGAUAACGUGAGAUUAAAUGGGUUAAAAAGAGGGGUUAAAAAGCCAAACCUCUGCUAAUGCGGUUUUCAUUUUAUAUUAACUUAAGGUAUUGAUGUGUAUUGUAUUCAAACCCAGUUUUUCACGAUGCUUUGGCAUCAGAGCCUUUAGAUAUCAUUUAAAAUAAAUUGUAAUGAAAUGAUUCAUUUUUAACAUUUGCCGUUGGUGAAGUGGGGAGCUGGGCAGGUUAUGAAAUGAAAUGCUGGUGACAUUUUGGCUUGCAGAGAGUGUAAAAAAUUGACUUUUUUACUGCAACCACAAAAAAAAACCCCAAAAAUCUUGGCAUUUCCCUUAUUUACGUGCUUGUGAUAUUCCCUAAUUUUCUCCAAGGAGGAAAGGCCUGGCUGGAGGAAUUCUUGGGAUGCUCAGACCUUCCUGUGCAGCUCCUU